AUGGGGGACAGACAGGGACUGCUUUCAUCUGCAGCACCAAUGGGGACGUCGAAUAAUAACAAUAAUUCGUUACUUGAUGGCAAUCUACAGACAGCACAGCAACCUCUGCAACCACAGGCUAGCAUACUUCAAUUAUCAAGCCAUCCAACAGCACUAGUCUUCCACAUGCUCUUUCGAACAGCUGCAAUCCUUUACUAUACAUUCGAAUGGCUAUUCAGUGUCAACUUUAUCCUGUCCUUUGUCAUCAUCGUAUUACUACUCGCGUUUGAUUUCUGGACUGUCAAGAAUGUUACUGGGAGAUUACUUGUUGGACUGAGGUGGUGGAAUGAAAUCAAGGACGAUGGAUCCAAUGUUUGGAUUUUUGAGAGUAGAGAGAACCGACAAGUAAAUGCAGUCGACUCAAGGAUAUUCUGGUCAUCACUAUACGCUACUGGUGCGAUAUGGAUUGUUUUUGCUCUAUUAUGUGUCAUGAAAUUCAAUGUGACGUGGUUGCUCGUCACUGUCAUCGCUUCGUUUCUCAAUGGAGCUAAUUUGUCUGGGUAUUGGAGAUGUGAAAAGGACGCUAAACAAAAAAUGUCGGAUUUCGCAUCAAAUUCAGUGGUGCAAGGUGCUAUAGGCAACUUUAUAACAUCACGAUUCACGAAUAUGUUUGCUGGAAGUCCUGGUGGUCCUCCUGGCUCGAAUACAGGAGUACGACCAAAUAUGGCUGUUUGA